AUGUCUGGGCGACUAGGACAGUUAUCUGUUGAUAUGAGCGAUCAGGAAGUGACGUAUUCAGCUUUGAGGUCUCAUCAGUCUCCUUCAGAGUCACAGACUAGAUUAAGAACUGGUGGUACUAAAAGGCCAGAGGAACCUGUGGACAAAGAGUGUUCAGUGCCUUGGCGUCUCAUUGCAGUGACUCUGGGAAUCCUCUGUUUGCUUCUGUUGUUGACAGUUGCAGCGUUGGGGACAACGAGUAAAUUCGAUGAAGAAAAGUGGUCCUGUUGUGGAGUAACCUGUUAUUAUUUUACCACUGAAUCUGAAACCUGGAAUCGGUGUGUGCAGACUUGCCAGAGAUCUAAAUCAUCACUUUUGAAGAUCAAUGAUGAGGAUGAACUGGUUUUCAUUCAAUCCCAGGCUUAUAAGAAUAUUUACUGGAUUGGAUUAUCAUAUAAUGUAAUAAUAAAGGAAUGGAAAUGGAUCAACAGGGACACAUCACCUGGACUUAAUUUAAAGAUAACGAACUUGCAUUCUGAGAUAGGAGAACGUUGUGCAUUUUUAACCUCAACAAGAUUAACCAAUACUGAAUGCUCGAAAGUUUACAACUGUAUCUGUGAGAAGACUGUGAAUUUCCUUGGUUCAACAUAG